UAUUUAUAUUUUGAAAAAUAAAAAAUAGAAAUAUAUUUUGUAUAUUUUUUAACAUAGAUAGUGAAAUUAAUGCCCAACGGCACGCUAAUUUGCUUGUUUUCGUUAUUGUUUCUAACAAGCUAGUUUAACUCAGUGUCUUGUAUAAACGAGGUUCUUAGGAGAAUUAAGGUUUAAUAAUCACUCUUGUCUCUUGUACAGCAAUAUCUGCUCCGGCUUUCUGGUCGCUAGAUACUUAUUUAAACCAAGUUCGCCAUUAUCAAGUACCUCGUCUUUUUGCAUCAUAUUGGAGCUGUCACGUAUUUAGAUGAUCGAGGUUUCCUGAUGAUUUGGCGUAAAAAGAUAUCCAAACACCUCCUAAUUCUACAUAUUUCCUGAUUGCAGUUUAGAAAGGGAGGGAUCUACAAGAGCACGUUGAGGAGGAAGAUGUGGGACUGUAAGCUGAAAAAUCAACGGAAAAACUCCCUUUGAUCCUUAUAGGAUUACGAAAAGUUGAAGCUUUUCGUUACUCGACCUAAAGAAAUCAAGGUAAAGAAGAGAUGGCUUCAUCCUUCCGCACGUACAAUAUUAUCAUAAUCAUCGUCAUCAUCGCCGCCAUCAAUAUUCCCGCCGGAGCCUCAAAUCAAUACAAAGUUGGUGACACCGUGGGCUGGCGGCUGCCCGAUGAGAAAAACGCCGAUUUAUAUAAGAUUUGGGCAAGCAAGAUCACAUUUCAUGUUGGAGACUCAAUUGUGUUCAAGUACAAGAACGAUUCUGUUGUUAAAGUGGAUAAAAGAGGCUACUACCAUUGCAACGAGACCAGUCGGGGUUCGAUGUUUAAGGAUGGAAACACGGUAUUUCUUCUGGAUAAGCCUGGAUUCUACUACUUCGUAAGCGGCGACUUUGACCACUGUAGAAAAGGCCAGAGGCUGACGAUCGAAGUGAAGGGCCAGCAAUUGCCACCAUCUAUGGCUGGCCCUUCACCAUCCCCACUUCCAAGCGCAGCAGUCUCAUGGAUCAUUCCUUCUUUCCGUACCCUGGUGGCUUUGAAGGCUUUCAUGAUCAUGGCUUGCUGUCCCUGAUAUGUGUGCCUUGUUUAGCCUAGACAUCACUUGGUUUGAGUAUUAGCUCUGUUUGGGUUCUAACAACGGGAGUAGAAGUGAAUUUGAGAUCUCCCGUGAUGGAAUUGGACACUUUAUUUCACUUUUUCUUUCCUUUUUUUUUACCCAUUGUUAUUAAUUAUUAUCAGGACAGAUUUAGGUACACCAUCUCUUGUACUUAUGAAU